ACAAGUUGGCCCCGUCAACAGGCAAAUAGCUCGCCUUUUGGAUAGAAUGCAAGUGCAGUUGAUUAGAUUUUUAGCCCGCUGACACAAAACAAAGGCUGAACUGCGAGUGCUAGAACCAGUUUUGAUUUCGGUCUUGAUGACGUUUAGCUAAAUGCGCGAAUCUGGCGAUUUUUGCCUGUCUUGCAGUAUGAGUUUCGGGUGUGCACCGGAAACAAGCGAAAACGAAACAACAAUCAGCCAUCAGCCAUUCACAAAGCCAUAAAGCACAGUGAAACCCUUGAUAACGAGCCCAAAAAUCGAAAAGCCCCACGCAAAACCGAAAACCGUAAAGCGAAAACCAAACCACAACCAAAAUCAAUCCCGCAACGUUGUUUAAUUAAAUGCUGAUCGAGUGAAAUAUCAAUCGAAUGCGAAUCGAAUCGAAGAAUGUGUGUCAUAAGUGUCGGAGAGUGAAGUGCAGUCAAAAAUGUCAGUGAAUUAAAUGAAUUUCAUUUGAAUAUAUUCUCUAAAUACCCUCCUCGUCCCUCGUAAUCGGAGAGCGGACCGUCGACAUCUGGAAAAGUGCAAGUUCAUGACGAAUUAAAUACUUCAAUUUGUGCAACCAAAAGGCCGUGCGGUCUUUUAAAGUGCUGACCAAGAACUUUCCGAUUAGAGCAAUUAAAAUUGGCUUUCCAUCGACUAACAAUAGAGUAUACUUAGGAUGUGCGGCAAGCACUUGAACCAGCGCCUGUCUCCGGUCCGAGGAAUAGUGACAGCCGGCUGGGGCAAUUAGGAGCAUCGUUAGAACCAAUAGCUAAAGUGAAACAAGUGAAAUAGUUGCCGAACAAAGCCAGGGAAAAUGUCUGCCACUCAGCCAAAGGAUAAGGCUUUCAAGACUGACGAAUCGAUGGCUGAGGCAUCGGCCCUUUUGCCACCACCACCGCCCGGAAAAGCGGUGGCAGCAACGGGAAAGGCAAUGUAUAGCUCCAGCAUGGCUUUGUCAUUGUUUGAUCAGCUGAAAAACAGCGUCAAUUUAAACAGUUUGACAAUUGGCGCCGGCGGCAGCAGCAACACCAACACAACAACACCACCACCACCAGCAGCAGCAGCAGCAACACAAGAGGCAACACCACGUACAACAACGGCUGACACACCCACCGUCACCCGGUUGCCAGCCCCCGCUCUUCCACCCGCCGCGGAUAUCGAACUGAAGCCGCCGGCAAAGCCAACGCAAACCUUUAGUACUCCCAGCAGCAUUGGCAUCGUGCAGGGAACCAAAAGGGGGGCGGGCUGUGUGGCCGGUGGACUUGGUGCUCAGGCAGCCAAAUUGGAUAUAAACGCAUUGCGAUCUCAGCUCUAUCAGGGCGCCAGGAAGACUGCAACAACAACAAACACAACAACAACAACAACAAGGCUGGGAGUCAGCAAGACAACAACAGAGCGCGGGAGUGGAACAAGAGGCUCGAAAAAGCGGUGUCUGGAUCGUUACGAUUCCUCGGAGUCAUCAGACAGCGGCGUUGCCACCUCGCUGAGCUGCGCGGACUCCAGCACGGGCUCCAGUGAGGAUGCGUCCGAUCCCGGCUCCCCGUAUAGCGCGCACUCGCAACUGAGCGACCCGCCAGAUCCGCUGACCAAGAUGCCACCCCAAAUUCUCGGCAGCAACUCCAGCGGCAGCAGUUCCGCCGGCGGCGGCACCACAGCUUCCUCUUCCCCGCCAUCCGGUGCCACCAGCCAGGCUCCGCCGCCAGCCAUUCACAGCCACAGUCAUCUCGGGCCCGGCCACGGCCAUCAUGGCGCCGGAAACAGCGCCUCCAAGACGACGACACCCCUGCGCCAAACAAAUCCUAGCAAUGCCAGCCUGCUGCCCACGCUUCAGUGGCCGUGGAACACCAGCCUGGGCAGCACAUCCACCGCUGUGCCGGCAGCCACGGCCAACAAGAACAAGCGUACGGCGGGCGGAGCAGGAGCGGGAAUGGGCUUGAGUGUGGGCAGCGCUGGUAGCGACAACGGAUCCCACACGGGGAACGGAGCGGCUGCGGCCAAGAAAGCGCGCAAUGAACUGCCUGGCGGCUCGGACGCUAGCAAAAGACUGAAGGCAGCCGCUCUGGAGGAGUCACAGACCAAGAUCACCGGCUUCUUUAAAUCGCAGAUGAAGCCCUCGCCGGGUGGAGGCAAGCUGUCGCCACAGCCCGGCAGCCAGCAAAGCAAUCCUGCUAACACAUUGACCAUGAGCACGCCCGCCACCACAGCCUCACUAAACAAGUACUUCAACAUCCUGUCGCAGUUGAAGGAGCAGAAGGCGCAGCAACAGGCGGCCAAAGCGUCGGCCACUCCCACUUCCGCAGCCGUUACAACAGCCACUCCUGUUGCCCCCGCCGCCUCUGUCGCUCCUGUUGCUCCGCCGUUGCCGACUGCCACUCCAAGUCCCAGUCUACCCGUGCCGGCGCUAAAGAAGAUCGAGCGCAGCACCAAGCAACCGGCCAAAAUAGCCCAGGUGGCGCCCAAUCUGCGAAAGACACCCAGCAGUGGCUCCUCCGGCAGCUCCUCAUCCUCAUCGUCCAGCUCUUCAAAUGGCUCGAGCACUGGGAAAUCGCCGGCCAAGAAGCACGUGGCCAUCGCUCCAAGAACGCCGGAGAUGAAGCAGCAGCAGCAACAGCAUCAGAGCAAGGCGACUAUGGUCUACCGACCGCCGGGAACGGGCACCGCUCUGAAGCAGAAACCGAUCUCACCGCCCGCUCCCGUGGUAGCCACCGCUCUGGCGCCCGUUCCAGCGCCAACACCCACUCCCACGCCCGCCCCCGCAAAUCCAACGCUCUACCAAUUGCCGGUACAGCUGCCCAACCUAGUCCAGCUGCCGCCCCAGCUGGCGGCCGCAGCCAAUAUUAUGCAGCUGAACAACGUGGCCAAGGCUGCGGUGGCUGCUGCGGCCAACAACAAUGCGGCUGCACAGGCAGCGCAGGCGGCACAGGCGGCCGCCGCUCAGUAUUUCCUCAACGGAACCGUCUUCAAACUGCAACAGGUUACAACGGCCACCACGACGACGGCUACCACGGCCACAGCCGCCGCCGCUACGGCUGGCAACUUUGGACUGCUCAGCGCCAACGAGCUGCAGGAAUUCCUGAUAAAGCAGCAGCAGCAGCAAUUGCAACUGCAGCAACAGCAGCAACAGGCUGCUGUGGCGGCGGCAGCUAAGGCGCCGGGAAAUGCACAAAACUUCCAGGAGCUGUUUCAGCAGCAGAUGGCCGCGAUUGCCGCCCAGCAGCAACAGCAACAGCAGCAGCAGCAGGUGAUGAGCCAGCAGCAGCAGCAGUUGCAGCGCUUGGUUCAGGGAGGAGCAGCCGCCGCUGCCGCCCAGCCAGUUUUUAUGGCCACGCCAGCGGGAUUGCUGCUGAAUGCUGCCACCCUGCCAGCAAUGUUGGCUGCUGCCUUUGCAGCCAACAGUCAGCAGCAGCAGCAGCAACAACAACAGCAGCAGCAGCAACAGAAAGUGGCCGCUUCCUUAGCAAUGCAUCAGCAGCAGCAACAAACGCUGCCCGCUCUGCAGCCAAUUCCAGCCCUGAGCUCCAUCUUCGAGCCGUCGACGGAGCAACAGCAGCAGCAGCAGCAGUUGCAAAUGCAGCAACAACAAUUGGCCCAGCUGCUGAUGUCACAUCAGCAGCAAUCGCAACAUCAACAGCAACAAAUCAUCACUGCCACGCAGCCGCCGCCAUUGGCUGCUGCGAACAACAACAACAAUACAAACACUGCCAACAACUCUACUGCCAGCAACAGUAACAAUAACCAAAAUGCCUCGAAUAAUUUAAGCAACAUCAGCAACACCACUGCCAUACAGCCACAGCCACUGCCACAGGCGCAGGCACAGCGAGCGAUAGUAAAGCCGCCGAUGCACAGCUCUACGCAGCCCCCGCCGCUGGUGACCAUAUCGUCGCUGCCCACUGGUUCCUCGGCUGUCACAUCUGCGCCACCGCCCAAGCGGGCACUGCCAGCCGCCAAGCCUUAUCAAAAGCGACUGGCUACCAAGGGAAGCGGCAAGUUCCAGGGUGGCGUUGGUACAGCGCCCAUCAUUGCCACUCCCACCACGCCGCCACCACUGGUGCCAACGUCGGCUACCAAGGAGCUGGGUCAGUUGCGCAAGAGCACUGGCACUACGGGAACAUCCGUAGCAACUAACGCACCCACGCCCACGCCGCCUCUGGUAAGUAUCGCGCCCUCAAAGCUGACGCCUACACUGAGUAUGGCAAAGCAAGGAGCCGCGAUGAAGCUGGCCAACAGCUCACCCGAUCUCUUCGACCUGGUCAAAAACUCAAACGGGGCCAUCAGUCUGGUGGCCAAGGCCGCGCAGCCGCUGACACCGCUGCCCUUCAGCUCGCCGAGCAGCAGCAGCAAUGGCAGUCACUGCCUCCGCUCCUCACCGGCGCUGUCAAGCUCCAAUUCGUGCACCCUUUCGGCCUUCAGUAAGAUAAAGGCGGAACCCUCGGAGCUGGCCUCUCAGUCCAGCUCCGUCCCGUCUUCGGUCAUGUUCCCCAUCUCACCGAAACCCCAGAGCUUUGCCGGACAGCUGCCCAAGAGGGAGCUGCAGGAUCUGGAGUCGGAGGCAGAUGUGGAAGCUAACGCCGAGGCGUUGAAGCACGAACUCUUGCCAGACUGCAGCAACAGCAACUCAAACUCGAAUUCGUGCAGUAGCAACUCUAGCUUUUCGCACUCGGUCAGCUCGGCGGCGGAUCUCUCGCUGGAGGCAUCUACGCCGGCGCACUCACCAUCCCCAUCGUCUGCCUCGCCAUCCGGUUUGGGCUCUCCCUCACCGGCGGCCAGCAACAUGAGCGGUAGCAGCCGAAGGGCGGCCAGCCAGACUGACAUGCUCAGCGAACUGGUCACCUCGUCUUGCAUCUCCAGUGGCGGCGAUGACUGCUCCCAGGCCACCGACUCGCCACCACCACCAUCACUUCCCCUGCCAGAUCAGUUGAGCAAAAACGAAAACGCAGCGCCUAGGGCCAGCGGAGGAAGCAGUAGUAGUAGUAGCAACUACGACGAGGAGGACGACAAAUCGGUGGCCUCGCUGGAGACACAACAGACACACAAGCGGCUUAGGGACCUGCCGACACCGGAGUCUGGAAUCGGAGGAAGCCUGAGCAACAGCGAGAGCAGCAACUCGAUAGCAGAUGCCAUCUCAUCAAAGUCCGCCUCCGUGGGUCCACCCACUACUGCAGCUAGUGGCAGCAGAGCCUCGUCCGCCGUCUCCGUCUCCGACAGCAACUCAUUGGCCAGCAAUGCACCAUCUCCCGCAUCGCCAGACGACAACACCGCUGUAGCUUCGCCCGCCUCUUCCGCUUCUUCAGCUUGCACUUCCGCCACUCCCAAUGCGCCCAGCACACGGACAGUGGUUGACAUUGCCUUGGCCGAGGCGACUAGUAAAGGCCUGCCAAAGAGCGCCAUCUCGCCCAUCCUUUCGCAGCCAAAGACCAUCCGCUUUCCGGCCGGAGCGGGGGCAGGCGGCAAGGGUGGGAAGCGGCACGAUGGCGUCUGCUACUGGGACAAGUGCAACAAGAAGCACGAGAGCAACUCCAAGCUGCUGGACCAUAUGCAGACGCAUCACGUCAAUACGCAGACGGGCCCCUUCGCCUGCCUGUGGGUGGGAUGCAAGGUGUACAACAAGGAGUCCUGCUCUCGCCGCUGGCUGGAGCGUCACGUGCUGUCGCACGGCGGUUCCAAGCAGUUCAAGUGCAUUGUCGAAGGCUGCGGCCUGAGGUUCGGCUCACAGCUGGCUUUACAAAAGCACGUGAAUAACCACUUCAAUGCCACGGACAAUGCCAAGGAGAGCACCAGCAAGCGCACAUCCGAUCCGCCCGUGCCGAAGCAGCUGCGCAAGAACGGCAAGAAGCUGCGCUAUCGGCGCCAACCCUUUUCAGCCCGCAUGUUUGACUUCUUUGACACGGGCAUUAUGGAGGGGCUGCAGCAUCGCCUGCGACAAAUCAGCACGCUUACCAACGGCGCCCAGGCCAUUGAGUUUCAGGGACAGUGCUUGAUGAGGCGCCGCAACAGCCAGGGUGCCCACGAGUGCUUCGUGCGCUGGUCGCCACGCGAAAUCAUUUCCGACGAGUGGCUGCCUGAGUGUCCGAACCAAACGCGCCGGCACACCAAGGUGCUGCACAUCAAACAGAUGCGUCCGGCGGAAAAGACGCGCGUGGACAGCCUGCUCAGCACAGCUUUUCGGCUGCGAUAUGAUGCCCAGCUCUUUGCCGAUGAUUACAAUGUCAACGAGCACCAGGGUUUUGGCGCCGAGUUGAGCGGCAGUGAUUACGAAGAGGAUGGGGAGCAGGAGGAAGAUGACGACAACGAGGACGACGAUGAGGAAGACGACGGUAUAAGCUCGCGCAGUGCUAGUUGCGAGACGGUGUCCAGCUAUCAGCAGGUGCUUAGCAUUGCCAAGUUGCAGAUGCAGCAACGCCGCAAGCAUCCGCGAAAGCCGCCCAAGAUGGCGCCGAUGACCAGAAAGGAUGAGCUGGUGCCCACGGACGCCCUGGUGCCCAUCUAGAUGGGCGCAUUAAGAAUUCAAGUAUUUUCUAAGUAAUUAAACCGGAACACAAGCGACAAACGAGUAAACAGUGACAACUAGACUAGUUAGCGUACGAACUAAGUAAGGUACCACCUACGCGUACAUUAUCCACUUAUAUAUAUACAUAGAGACUACGUGUAAAUGCCCCCGCUUUGUUCAUUUAUGUUUUUUUUUUUUAGUUUAGUGAAUUGUUCUUAGCCACCAUUGUACAUACAUAUAAGAAUGCAGUCGGAGUCAGAGUCAGAGGAGCAAAGAGUGGCCACCUCGUAUCUCAACCCACCCGCGUGUUCUGCAUAGAACAAAUGUCCUCAUUUUCUAGCGUUAUAUUUCUAGUUUACUUUUAAAAAUGUAAAUUGAAUAGAGAUCCUCCGAGUGGACAAGACUUUAUUUUGCAAGCCCCAUUUUUUUAUGUUUAAUGUUUUUAUUUUGUUUUCUGUUUGGUUGCCCCAUUUAUACACUUAGAAAACUGGCCAAAACUUGUACUACUAAACUAGCAGAAGAUGAAGAAGAUCAACGCACACAACUGAGCAGUUAAAGUUAGUAAAUAGUUGUAGAUGAAAGUUGAAGAACACAAGACUUGAAGCAUUUACCGCUACAAAAAAAAUAAAUUAAAAUACAAAACAAAAAUUUGUAAGCAAAUUUUGUACUCAACUCGAACGAACGAACAGCAAUGCAAACAGUUUUAAGCCCAAGUUAGACCCAAAACGAUUGAUUAUCCAUUAAUUUAGUGUAAAUUAAAUGCAACUUUCGCCAAUAAAUCAGCGUUUCUAGUUCGUUUUUGCAACAAUUACACACUUAAGUAGACGGAGAGAGCAGAGAGCUUAAUGCAAUGUACAUAUUAUAUAAUAUAAAGUAAUAAGUUUCGCUCCCUAAACUUACAUUUAAACGAAAUUCAUUUAGAACUUGGCCAAGGCUAAACCAAAGAGUUGUAAUAACAAGAUGAGUAACGGCAUACGAGAAAUAGAGGUGCCCAUUAUUUAUCUUGUCAUUAUAAGAUCUUUGGCUAAACUCAAGUAAACUAUGCUUAAUAAAGUUAUUGAGAGGAGAAAUCAGCAAUCAACACGUCAAAAAUAAAACAAACCACAAAAUGUUA